UCACAGCAGCGCUCGAGAGCGGCUCAUCAACUCGAGAACAGCGCGCGCAACGGCUCGCGUGACGUGUAGCGGAGCUUAUUCAGCCUGCCGAUUUUUUGAACUACUGACAUCACAGAGAGCUAAAGAAAAGGUAGAGACACUGUUUACCAGAUUUUAGCUCACAAUACUGCUACUGUUUGAUUGGAUUUGAGGAUUGCAAACAGACCUGACGCUGCUGGAGGUUCUUAUCAAACUAUUGGGGAUGAGUCGCUGUACAGCCGCUUUACUUUUGCUGGUCAUCGCCGUUUAUUCACUGAACACAGAAGCCUAUAAGUGCAGGUGCACGAGAAAAGGCCCGAAGAUUCGAUAUAAAGAUGUGCAGAAGCUGGAGAUCAAGCCUAAACAUCCGUACUGCCAAGAAAAAAUGAUAUUCGUCACAAUGGAGAAUGUGUCCCGUUUCAAAGGUCAGGAGUAUUGCCUGCAUCCCAGACUCCAGAGCACUAAGAACCUUGUCAAGUGGUUCAAAAUCUGGAAGGACAAGCACAGGGUGUAUGAGGCCUAAAACGUUCAACAUUAUGCACAAGGCUGAAAACAUUGUGGGAUGCACAAUACUACCAGUAAACCGUGGACGACUAGAGGACCAAUAUUUUUAGAGCAUGACAAGGCAUAUACCCAGAAAAGCUUAUAAUAAAGCACUCUACUCCAUUUUUUAAUUCAUAUUAAUGUGGAAUCAUUUAUAGUCAUACAAAAUUUGUAUUAUACAGUGUAAUUAUAAGCCACAUGUGCCAGUUAUGGCAGAGAAAAGUCCCUUUGGAUCAGUGCCAUCUGUAAGAAGUGAUCAUUCAUUACAUUUUUGUGUAAUGUUUUCUGAAGAAUCAGUUUUUGGUGUGAUUCAUUGUGUUGUCCCAUUUAAAAGGGGUCAUUUGAAACUUAGGGUUCUCACAGCAUAAAAAGAACAGAAAGGUAGAUGAUGUAUAAAUAUUAUUUCCGGAGAAAUGUGUGAUAUCAUGCCAUCAUUCAACUGGCAAAAGGAGGCAUCAUGUUCUUCUUCACAAUCAUUUUUGUUUUCAAAAAUUUUCUUUUUUUCAUAGGCUUUUGACCAUGCACACUGUGUCAGAGUUUUUUUUUUUUUUUUUUUUUUUACUUAUUCAGUUAUUACUCUUAAUACAAUAUGGGGAAGUGAAAGAGAUGCACUACAAAAUAAUAUAAACCAUUUAAAUCAUACCAUACCUUUACUUUGUAUUUACACAUAUACUUUGCUCCUCUGUGGAAAUGUACUGCCACACUACAAACUUAUGAACUUUGGGGCCUGCAGUGGAUCAUGUGUUUAACAUGAGGUUUUUUAUUUAAUAUGGCCCUUCUAUCAGCACAUUAUGAACUACAUGUGCCUCCUCUAUGAGGUGUGCAGUUUUUGUAAGCUGUUGGUUUAAUUUGUUCAGUAUGACUAUAUUUUUUGUAUGUUUGUUUCUUUGUUUGUUUGUUUGGUAAAUGGAAUGUUUCUCAUUUCUUCUUGUACAUCAAAUUGUAUGUAUAAGCACAGAAAUUGUUUUUUGUGUAAAGACCACCUUGCCUAGUCUAGCUUGUUCAGAAUUUCUUAGUGGAGCCUAUGUAUUGUAUCACAGGAUUGUUUUACUAUUUAAAUAAUAAAUAAUAGAAAUGUU